CCGCCUCCACUCGGCGAUAAACCCGGAAUCUCCCCUUCCCCUCCCGUGUUUUCCGCCUCUGCAGAGCAGGCAGCAGCAGGCACGCCAGCGAAGAUGUCGGGUCAGACGCUGACAGAUCGCAUCGCAGCUGCUCAGUACAGCGUUACGGGAUCAGCCGUAGCCAGAGCCGUCUGCAAAGCCACCACGCAUGAAGUGAUGGGGCCCAAGAAAAAGCACCUGGACUACUUGAUCCAAGCAACUAAUGAAACAAAUGUGAAUAUUCCUCAGAUGGCUGACACGCUUUUUGAGCGAGCAACAAAUAGUAGCUGGGUGGUCGUAUUCAAAGCCUUAGUUACCACACAUCAUCUAAUGGUUCAUGGCAAUGAGAGAUUUAUUCAAUACCUGGCAUCUAGAAACACAUUGUUCAAUCUCAGCAAUUUUCUGGACAAAAGUGGAUCUCAUGGUUAUGACAUGUCUACCUUUAUAAGGCGUUAUAGUAGAUACUUGAAUGAAAAAGCAUUUUCCUACAGACAAAUGGCAUUUGAUUUUGCAAGAGUGAAGAAAGGAGCUGACGGUGUAAUGAGAACAAUGGCUCCUGAAAAGCUGCUGAAGAGUAUGCCAAUAUUACAGGAACAAAUCGAUGCACUACUUGAAUUUGAUGUUCAUCCAAAUGAACUGACAAAUGGUGUCAUAAAUGCUGCAUUCAUGCUUCUGUUUAAAGAUCUUAUCAAACUUUUUGCUUGCUACAAUGAUGGUGUUAUUAACUUACUAGAGAAAUUUUUUGAAAUGAAAAAGGGACAAUGUAAAGAUGCUCUUGAAAUCUACAAACGAUUUCUUACUCGAAUGACCAGAGUAUCAGAGUUUCUUAAAGUUGCAGAGCAAGUUGGAAUUGACAAAGGUGAUAUCCCUGAUCUCACACAGGCUCCCAGCAGUCUCAUGGAGACCCUUGAGCAACAUCUAAACUCACUGGAAGGAAAAAAACCUGGCAACAAAUCUGGGGCUCCUUCUCCUCUGAGCAAGUCUUCUCCAGCCACAACUGUUACGUCUCCUAGUUCUACUCCAGCAAAAACUAUUGAUACAUCUCCUCCAGUCGAUCUUUUUGCAGCUUCAUCUACAGCUGCUCCAGUCAGCUCUUCCAAACCAUCUAGUGAUCUUCUGGAUCUCCAGCCGGAUUUUGCCGCUACUGGGCAGGCAGCUCCAGCAGCACCUGCAGGAGCCACUUCAUGGGGAGAUAAUCUGGCUGCACUUUCUGGUGUUACCUCUGAGCCACAGAUUUCAGAUCCAUUUGCCCCAGAGUCCAGCACAACUACUGCUGCAACUACUGAUACUACAACUACUUCAGCUGCUGCUGCUGCUGCUACAACUACAACUGCUCCUGCUGCCACUGCUGAAGUGGAUCUCUUUGGAGAUGCCUUUGCAGCUUCUCCUGGGGAAGCCCCUGCAGCAGCUGAAGGGGCAGCAGCACCAGCUACCCCAACCCCUGUAGCAGCAGCUCUUGAUGCAUGUUCAGGAAAUGACCCCUUUGCCCCAUCCGAAGGUAGUGCAGAGGCUGCUCCUGAGCUGGACCUCUUUGCUAUGAAGCCAACAGAGACUGCUGUUCCUGUAGUUACCCCUACAACUAGUGCAGCCACUCCAGUUCCUGCAACAACUCCUUCUCCAGCUGCUGCUGUUGCUGCUGCUGCUGCUACUACUACUGCUACUACGGCUACUGCCACUACCACUACUGCCACCACUUCUGCUACCGCCACCACCUCCGCUCCUCCUGCUCUAGAUAUCUUUGGUGAUUUAUUUGAGUCUGUUCCUGAUGUACCUGCAGCACCUAAACCAGAUGCUACUCCUAGCAUAGAUCUCUUUGGUACAGAUGCUUUUUCAUCUCCACCACCUGCAGCUUCUCCUGUGCCUGAGAGUUCUCUCACUGCUGACCUCUUAUCUGUGGAUGCAUUUGCAGCCCCCUCUCCUCUACCCACUGCCUCUCCAGCAAAGGUGGAUUCUUCAGGUGUGAUUGACCUAUUUGGUGAUGCUUUUGGAAGUAGUGCUUCUGAAUCUCAGCCCACAACCCAGGCUGCUUCUAGUUCCUCAGCUUCUGCAGACCUACUUGCUGGCUUUGGAGGUUCUUUUAUUGCUCCCUCUCCAUCACCAUCCCCAGUCACUCCAGCUCAAACCAGCUUACUACAGCCUAACUUUGAUGCAGCUUUUGGGACAACAGCUCCAGCAGCUGGCAGUUCAUUUGAUGCAUCAGUGUUUGAUGGCUUAGGUGAUCUUCUUAUGCCAACUAUGGUUCCUUCUGGUCAGUCUGCAGCACCUUCGACCCCAGCAACUGUCCCUGCUUCAGCAGCAAGCAAAGGCCUGGGAAGUGAUCUUGAUUCAUCUCUUGCAAACUUAGUAGGCAAUCUUGGAAUUUCUGGUACCACUUCAAAAAAGGGAGACCUGCAGUGGAAUGCUGGAGAGAAAAAGUUAACAGGAGGAGCCAACUGGCAGCCAAAAGUAGCACCUGCAACAUGGUCAACUGGGGGUGUUCCAGGUGCUCCAUUGACAGGAGCUGUGCCUCCAGCAAGUGCUGUUCCUGCCACAGGAGGUACUCCACCUGUCCCACAGCCAGGAGCAGCUUUUGGGAUGCCCCCAGCAGGUGCAGGUGUGCCCAUGAUGCCCCAGCAGCCAGUGAUGUAUGGGCAGCCUAUGAUGAGGCCACCCUUUGGAGCUGCCACUGGCCCUGGUGUACAGCUUUCUCCAAGCCCAACUCCUGCUACUCAGAGUCCCAAGAAACCUCCAACAAAGGACCCAUUAGCGGAUCUUAACAUCAAGGAUUUCUUGUAAAC